UCAGUCCGCGAAUGUUCGUGUGAUCUAAGCUUUAACGGAUACGUCUUUCAGAGGGAAAACAAGCAAAAGAUGAAAACUCUUCUUUGUAUUGUAGGAGCUGUCGUAGCUAUUGCUCAUUUCGCGAACGCUGAGCAAUGCUCUGACACGGCGGACUGCAUUACCACGCAGUGUUUCAGUACGCACCACAAGUACUGCCAGCAACGUCCCGGCUAUGCCACUGGCCUCUGCACAUGCUCCGUCGGCGAAGAGACGUGCGUGUACAAAAGUGACUGCACGCUUCCUGCAUACCCCGAAUUGAAUUGUCCGGACGAUGCUAGACACUGCGAGGACAGCCAGUGUAUCUGCGACCGCUUUCCCAUCGGCAUAGGAAAGUAACGCAGUGGACGAUGAUGGCCAUGAAUUUAACAUGUCCAAACAUACUGUGUAAUAAAUACAGCGCCUUAAUAAAUACGUUAAUUGAA